AUGGAGAGGAUGGUCAACCGCCGGCUCCGUGAAAAAUGGGAAGCAGAUGGAAGAUUCGGCUUCCAACAGCACGCCUUUCACCCAGGGUAUGGCACCAGCACAUACUUUGCGAACCUGGGCAGUGUGCUCCACAGCGCGUUUAACGAAGGCAAGUAUGUUGACCUGGUUUCGCUGGACAUUGCCAAAGCCUUCAGCAGCACCUGGACCCCCCUGGUCCUCAACAAAUUACAAGAAUGGAGCAUCACUGGCAACAUGCUUGCCUUUAUCAAAAACUUCUUGACCGGUAGGACCUUCACGGUCCUCAUUGGCGGCUCUGCAUCCGGAGAGUAUGCCGAGGAAACUGAGGUCCCCCUGAGAACGGAAUCUUCGGCAUACUACCGGCCAACGUCUACCUUUUCGUCUACGCCGACGACAUCCUCCUGGUUGUCGUGA